GGGUCGUGAUCCAAAUGAGCGCUUCUCCUAGAGCCUUGGAGUAACUGGAGCGGGUGGGGACCAUCUUUAAAUCUGUUACGACCCGGUCAGUGAUUCUUAAACCUGGCUGUGUGGGGAGAAUUUAUAGGGAGAGCUUGUUAAAAAGUCGUAUUUCGGGGCUCCACCCGCUACCCUGACGCAUUGAAUCUCACAGGAACCCGGGGAUUCGCAUUUUAAUAAACCAUCCUGGAGAUUUUGACUCCGGUCGUCCGCCUGCAGUUCACAGUGGCUUUGGAUUUGCUUUUUAGUAUCCCCAUCUUCAAGACCUAAGCUUCGAUCUGGCGACCCCGCCCAUUACCCUCUGCCUUCAACAGCCACAGAGGUUUCUGGGGUUAAGGUUUCCCUGCUGGCCCCGCCUCUUGUCUUUCAAUUGGUCCCUCGCUGGUCCCGUCCUGGAGCCAAAUUUUCUUUUCUGAUUGGUCAGCUGCGAGUUGUGGCGAGACCUGAUCCAAUGGCCGCUUGAUACAAUGGUGUCGUUCGGGAAACGCAGCCCUAACGUUGGUUCUAAGCUGACAAAUUGGUCUGUGGACGCCAAACUUCCGUGCUAGGACUUUCUGCGUGUGGACCGGGGCCCUAGUCCUGCGUGGGUCCAACACAGACAGGAGAAAGCUGCCUGCUUUUGUGCCUCCCGGAGGUCCUGGUGGAAGCGAAACGGGGGCAGGAGCUGCAGUGUCCCAAGCCCAGUGAGGCGAAGCUACUGGAGACAGCUCCGCCAGGUCCAAAGUUGGGCUCACCGGCUGGAACUUGAAACCUGGGCACGCCGGACUCCUGCUGAAGCCAUCAUCUCUCUCUCCUGGCCCCGGGCGCCUUGGCCGGCGGGCACAACUGGUUUCGGGGCCAAGGUGGUCUGGGAGCCUGACGGUGGCGUCUGGCCUGGGUUCCCACGAGCGGAAAGGGUUCCCCUCCUGUGAGAGGGAAACUAUGGAAGUUCCUACGCCUGGAGCCAGAACUCCUGCUGCUCCCGCCCGACCCAAGUUUUAGCCUGGCGGCCUCCCACCUGUGCUUCUGAGGGUUCUGCUUCCAAGAGGCUGCUGGUGCCCGGGACCCCCGCAGGCGGCUCUUAGAGUUUCGCCAUGGGUGACUUCUGCCUGAGAUGCGCUCCAUGGAGCAGAUUCUGGCAUUGCUGGUGCUGGAGGAGUUCCUGACUAUCCUGUCCCAGGACAUCCACAGCAGGGUGCAGAAGCUGCAACAGGCAAGCUGUGAAGAAGCUGUAACUCUUUUAAAGUAUAUGUAUGACUUUUAAAAGAGAGAGCUUGUGAAACAGAAUAGGUGAGUGAGAGAGAGGUUUUAUCUGCCAUCUUCCUCAAGGAGGCCCAGCCUCCCCUUUAUUCACAGGGUUCUGGGUCUGGUGGGUCCAGAGGACUGAGACAUCUCGCUGUCUUAAUUCCGCAUUCAGAUUUUCUUGAUUGCCCUGAGUAGAGCUUACACGGGCCAGUGAUUUUUUUUUUUUUUUUUUUUGUAGUCUUCUCUGGAACAUUCAUCCUCCAGAUUUCCCCCCAGUGCAGUGAAGAGUGUGCUAUUGCUUUUGGUUUCCACGGGGAGGCAGUGUCGCUGUCAUAGUGUCAGCUCUGGAGGUAGAUCAAAGGGGGCUUUCAACUCCUGGCUCUGCUCCCUACUAGCUGUGCGACUUUGGGCAAGUGACUCUUGCUUGGCUGGGCUUCACUUUCUGCAUUGGUCAAAUGCAGAAAGGGUAAUAGACCCUUCUGGGGUUGUUUGGAGGAUUAAAGGGAGAGCACUGUGUCCGUGGUAAUCGCACUGCUGGCACACAGCUGGUGCUUGAAACUGAGCUGCUGUUAGGUUAGGGGCAGCAGUCUGGUCUCCUCUGCAGAGAUGGGUCUCAGUUAAUUGUGAACUUAGUUUGGCACUGAGGCUUUGGGGUCAUUGCCCCAGGGCCACCCAAGUAAGCUUGUCUAAUUGAGAGGAACAGGAGCAUCUGGAGAAUGUGGGGGAGGAAUGGAAGACCUAUGGGGGACAUGUGUGUACUGAAAUGGGCUUUCUCCCCACACCCUCCACACAAGCACAUACACACAUUCACUCAGGGUCAUGGCAUCAUAAAAACCUUGAGUUUAAACCAUCCCUUUCUCUUGUUGGGUCCAAAGGGACAGACUGUGGUUUUCUAUUGAAGGUUUACCCGCAGAUUCCUGUCAUAAUUUUUCUUUUCUAUCGAGCCCUGUCAUGAUGAUAAGUGAUGGCAUGUUGUUUCCUAGAUCAUGCACCAUGGACAUAGCACAGAAGUGUUUUCAGAAGAGCCUUUUCCUUACAAAACAGCAUGAAAGUCAUUGAGCCAAUGGAUACUGAGAUUUCAAACUGGAGCCAAUGGAUACUUAGAGGAGCCUUGAAGUGUAGAGUAGUUGCUACUUCUUGUUCACUAGGUCUAAUUAACAUGUCAUCAGUGUAAUAGACUAGUGUGUUGUCUUGUGAAAGAGAAAGGUGAUAAGAUCCCUGUGAACUACACUAUGAUGUAGGGCUGGAAAAUUGAUAUACAAUACGCCUGAGGUAGGAUGGUGAGGGUGUAUUCCUGGUCUUACCAGCUGAAAGUAAAUUGCUUCUGGUGGUCUUUACUAACAGUUAUUGAGAAAAAAAGCAUUUUCAAGGUCAAGAGGUACAUACUAGGUUCCAGGGAAUGUGUUAAUUUGCUCAAGAAAUGAAACCACAUCUGGAACAGCAGCUGCAAUUGGAGUCAUCACCUGGCUUAGUUUACAAUGACCCACUACCAUCUUCCAAGAUCCAUCUGCCUUCUGCAUAGGCCAAACAGAUUUUAAUCAGUGCCUCGGGAUGCCUGCCCUCCUCUCCCCAGAAAGCCUUGGUCCACAGAACUCGACCCUGGAAGAGAGAGUCGGGGUCAGGUCUUCGGGAGGUGGAGGGAUCGAAUGAGGGAACUGAUAUUCCAAGACUCCCCACAUCUUGGAGCUUCACUCGCCAGGCAUCCCGCGCUUUCCUGACAUCGCUUCCCCUAGUGGUGCAGCAGCGGAGAGCUUUGCUACCCAGAGCAGCAGGGAGGCGUGGCCACAGAGGCAGAGGCGUAGUCGAGCCGAGGAAGAGGAAAGUGGCCUCCGGGGAAGCCAGAGCUGACUGAAGUGCUCUUGGGAAGAACAAUUCAUUGAUUUGGUACCAAACCUGAUGCACCCUGAUUUGUCAAAGGUGGUACCAGGUGGGUGUCAGUGUCACAUACAAGAGUGAAACUGUUCCUAGAGCAAAUGACGAUGAGAGAGCUGAACGCAGAUUCAUGCUCAAGCCCCCAGAUGGGGGCUAUGUGGGAGACUAGUGGGUCUGUGAAAGAGAACUCCAGUCAGAGUAAGAAAUACAGCACAAAAAUAGAGAAUCUUGGUCCUGAGAGCGCUUGCAGGCACUUCUGGAGCUUCCGUUAUCAUGAAGCAACUGGACCGCUUGAGACUAUCAGCCAACUUCAGAAAUUGUGCCAUCAGUGGCUGAGGCCAGAGAUCCACUCAAAAGAGCAGAUCUUGGAAAUGCUGGUGUUAGAGCAGUUCCUGAGCAUUCUGCCCAAGGAGACCCAGAACUGGGUGCAGAAGCAUCAUCCACAGAAUGUCAAACAGGCUCUAGUCCUGGUGGAAUUCUUGCAGAGGGAGCCUGAUGGAACAAAGAAUGAGGUAAGAAGAAAGAUUCCCUACAUGUACAAUGAAGUACGAUAAAAGUGGAUAUAUCAGAAUGGAGGAGUUAUCAGAGAAUUAGACAGAUUAAGUCACUCUUCUGUUGCUCCUUUAGGACAGCUAGCAAGGAUCUGAAAUGACAUACAUGCAUCAGUAGUCCACAGGUUGCAAAAUUUCUGGCAGAGCCUUUCCUUGUCUUAGAGAAAAUAAAUGCAUUUUGUCUUCUCUAGGGCCAGGGUGAAUUGAUGGUGGUGGGCCUAGUCUGGCACGGGCAAGGACAAAAGAGUUGAGUUCUUAGAAAAAGAGAAAUAAAGGGCAAGAAAGAGUUGGGAAAGGGGAGAAGAUCCACAAGAUGGGCAGCACUUACAGAGACCAAAGGAGAGAGAGGUUAGCAAACAGAAGUAUGAAUCAAGCAGCUCUGGGGAGACUGCAAAGAAAGAGAACAAAAUGGAAAGAAAAAAAGGAAACAAGGAUAUGGAAAGAAGACAAUUGCCAACAGAGAAGUGGUGGGAAUCAGGAUGCUAAGGGGUAGUAUCUUCUGUAGCAGAAACACACAUCUCUGGGCUGGGAGGAAAGAGCCUCCAUUGCCCUCACUUAGUGGCUUGUCAUUGGCCCUUCUGGUGAGUGGGAAACCAAGGUUUGUCCUUGGAAGAUGGCAGCACACUUUCUUUUUUCAGGAGCCUACCUUGAAAAAUCCAGGGCAGGGCAUAUUUUUGGUGUCUUAUUACUACCAAAUCAUGUGAAGAGAUAUUAGAGCCCAACUCUUCUCCCCAUUUAUUCUUCCAUCCAUCUCUGUUCCCUGUGAAAUUCUUUCCUGGAGGAUUGGAAACUGGCUAACAGGAAAGCUUAUUUUACUCAAUUCCUUUUCUUUUACAGAAAACCAAAGGAUAAAAAUUCACUAAAACAAGGAUCCAAGUCAAGAAAGUAAACCAGUGAAAGUUCCCCAGCAGGGGAACAGGCUGCCCACCCAACUCUGCUAGUGGCUUGAGCCAGGGCUCUGUGCAUCGGGGUGGGGGCCACUGGGUUGGGGGGCGGGGGUCUGCAGUAGUCACAGCUUUUUCUAUUUUAUCCUAAUUAUCCCAGAUUUUGAGUAUAGUUCUUUAUGAGAACACAGUGGCACAAUACCUCUUCAUUAUUUUUAUUACUUCUCUAAUGUCAUGCACUCCCCGAAUCUGGGCUCUGCUCUUGUUCCUCCCUCCACUACCACCCCAAAACCAAAAGUAAGUUCUGUGCUAAUGAGGAUGGGGAUUAUUUCUAGGUCACAGCCCAUGAGCUGGGAAAGGAGGCAGUGCUCUUGGGAGGAACAGCAGUGGCCCCAGGCUUCAAGUGGAAGCCAGCAGAGCCCCAACCAAUGGGUGUGUUCCAGAAAGAAUAUUGGAAUACAUACCGGGUACUACAAGAACAGCUGGGCUGGAACACUCACAAAGAAACCCAGCCUGUAUAUGAAAGAGAAAUCAGCUUGGGAUGUUUGUAAAUAGGAAAGAGAAAUUUUCCCUGGCUAUUUUCUACCCACAGCUGUGCAUGAUCAACAGAUGUUAGCCCUUUCUGAGCUGAAAAGAACCAAACACUGGAAGAUGGCAUCUAAACUCAUCCUGCCUGAGUCCCUGAGUUUGUUGACAUUUGAAGAUGUGGCUGUGUAUUUUUCUGAGGAAGAAUGGCAAUUAUUGAAUCCUCUUGAGAAGACUCUCUACAAUGAUGUAAUGCAGGAUAUCUAUGAGACUGUCAUCUCUCUAGGGUUAAAGCUAAAAAAUGACACUGGAAAUGAUCAUCCUAUAUCUGUUUCUACAUCAGAAAUACAAACAUCAGGAUGCAAAGUAUCAAAAAAGACCAGAAUGAAAAUUGCCCAGAAAACAAUGGGCAGGGAAAAUCCUGGUGAUACACACAGUGUACAGAAAUGGCAUCGAGCUUUUCCAAGGAAGAAAAGAAAGAAACUUGCAACUUGUAAACAAGAGCUUCCAAAACUUAUGGAUCUUCAUGGGAAAGGCCCCACAGGGGAGAAACCUUUUAAGUGUCAGGAAUGUGGGAAAAGCUUCAGAGUUAGCUCUGAUCUUAUUAAACACCAGAGAAUUCACACUGGAGAGAAACCCUAUAAAUGUCAACAAUGUGACAGGAGGUUUAGAUGGAGUUCAGAUCUUAAUAAGCACUUCAUGACCCAUCAAGGAAUAAAACCAUAUAGAUGCUCAUGGUGUGGGAAAAGCUUUAGUCAUAACACAAAUCUACACACACACCAAAGAAUUCACACAGGAGAGAAGCCCUUUAAAUGUAAUGAAUGUGGAAAAAGAUUCAUUCAGAACUCCCACCUUAUUAAACACCAGAGAACUCACACAGGUGAGCAGCCUUAUACGUGUAGCUUAUGUAAGAGAAACUUUAGUAGGCGAUCGAGCCUUCUUAGACACCAGAAACUCCACAGAGGAAGGGAAGCAUGUCUAGUGUCUCCAAACUGAGGAAAGUUACCAUGUAGAGCUUGACCUUAGAAGUGGUGAAAGAAUACAAAAUUAUGAGGCACCCAAUGAUAGGAAUCUGUCAUUAAUAAAACAUUUGGGAAGGGUACAUGUUACACUUCACAAAAAGGAAUCUAAGCUGUCUGUCUUAUUCAGCAUUGCAUCUUCUGUGCCUAGCAUGAGAGUUGAUACAUAAGGAGUAUUUUAUAAAUAAAAAAAUGAAAGUGUAGUGAUGAGAUUCCUUUAGCUAUCUAUCUAUAUGUAUAUAUCUGGUUAUUCAAAGCUUCCCCACCCCUAGUCAUCUAAAUUUUUCAGGUAUCAAGUGCUCAACAGACAUAUGACAGUCAAGGCUCUUAGUCUCAUUCUUUAUUCUUUGUCAAGAGAAAUGGAAACUAAGAGUACUUGGGCCCUCUUAAGGGAGCUCAGAGAGAAUUACUAAAUUAGGGACAGUUUCAAUAGUUAUCAUUCUAUCUAUAUGAACAAUCAAGACCAGGACUCAGGGAACUUUACUCUGUAACAGAAAGAGAGGAUUCAAUGUUUGCCCUGGGAGAAUUGUCCCAUUCUUGCUGCUUCUCUCCUGAGUACCCACUACCACAAUGUCUUCUGUCAAGGAAUUACAAGUAGCAAGGGAAGGUCUGAAUGUAAGGGCAGACCUAGGGACCUUGUAAGCACUUGAUGUCUCUCCUCUUGCUGACUUUGUCAACAUAGACAUAUAAUGAAAUGAUGAGGGAGGCAGUCUUGGCCCUCAUCCAGGUAUCUGUUUUUUGUUUUUUUUUUUUUUUUUUUUUUUUGUAGAAAGCACAGAUAAGUGGUGAAUGGUCUCUUUUUGACUUUCAUUAUGUGGACUGGUUGGAGGCUUUCAAACUGGUGCCAUACUGCUGCAGGACCUAAAGGGAGCCCCAUCUUUAUGGCUGAUCAACUACAACCCUAUAUGCCUGAAUACUCUGCAAGAAGGCCUUGAGAUUUUGCAAAACUGAUUUAUUGAGAAUGGCAAGGAGAGCCUUGUGAAAUUUUAGCUUUGGUGCACAGCUGAUACCAGGAGGGAACAUCCUGAAGUGUCAGAGCAAAGUAAGGCAUAUGGCUCAGAGUGAUGACGCCAGUCAGAGCCAGGCCAGAUGGAAAUUGUUUUCUGAUGUUACUGGUUUUCUUUUCCCUAUUAGCCAAAGUGACUAUCUCUUAAGAGAAGAUAAUGUGAUGUCAAGGGAAGUUGGAAGGCAUGGAUUUAUAUCUAUGUCAGAUCCUGGUUUAUAAUGUUGGCCAAGGCUUAUUUAUAUAUGUUUAUUUAGUAUUCCAUAAAAUUGUACUUUGUAAUGAAAAUGACAUGUUUUAUGUUAAAUUUAGACAAUAAACAAAACUUUGUUACCAAAU